AAGUCAUCAUACAAUCAAGUUAAUAAGUAAAUGAAAGAACUCGCAAUGAGUAUAACUCGUUGGUUAGUGAUUGGAAUUAGUGGUACGACAUGUAGUGGCAAGACUACAUUAGCCAAAAGAUUGCACGAAAAUUUCCAGAAUAGCAAAUUGAUAAGUCAAGAUUCUUAUUUCCUUCCAGAAAAUGAUCCAAGACAUGUAAACAUUCCAGAAUUAAAUGCUUGUAAUUGGGAACUGUUAUCAAGUCUGGAUAUGAAUAAAAUGCAUACUGAUGUUUUUAAAAUACUUAAUAUGUCUAAUGACUAUACAAUCAAGCAAUCAAAUGAAAAAAAUAAAUGGCCUGAGACUCGUGUGCUAAUUUUGGAAGGUUUUAUUCUUUUUGAAGAUAAAAAAAUUUCUGAUUUAUGUAAUUUAAAAUAUUUAUUGACUCUAAAUAAACAACAGUGUUGGGAAAGACGGAGAAAUCGCGUCUAUGAUCCGCCUGAUGUUCCUGGAUAUUUUGACUCAAUUGUUUGGCCAGAGUAUGAAAAAUAUUUGCGAGAAAUAAAACAGAAUAAGAAACUGCAAGAAGAGAUAGUGUUCAUUGACGGAGGCGAAAAUAAAGAAGAAAUAUUUCAGAGGGUCUUUAAUGAUAUUUCUAAAAGAUUAUAAAAAUUUGUAUUACUUAGAAACAUAAAAUUUUUUUAAUUCUCAGUCAUUUAUUCUUUUUUUUUUUUUUCUUCAAUUGUUAAAUUUUUU